UUGGUCCAUCUAGGGAGAGGGUGUCAAGUAAGCGUCACUUUACAAGAGUCACAGUCACAGAGCGAAGUUGGUCACCACCAGAGACGCACCAUCACGACCGUCCGAGAGCCACAGUUUGUUUGGCCGCUGGUUUGCCUUUUCUGUCUGACCGAGCCUUGUGUUUUUGGCCAAAACUUCACAAUAACCCCGGCCCUGCUGCUGUUUCUCCUGAAGGCUUUGUGGUAAAAAGGACAGACCUUCCACCAUGCAGUCCUGUGCCAGGUGUGGGUUUGUGGUCUACCCAGCUGAGAAGAUAAACUGCAUUGACCAGAAUUGGCACAAAGCAUGUUUUCACUGUGACGUCUGUAAGAUGGUGCUAACUGCUACUAAUUUUGUAAGCCACAAGAAGAGGCCAUACUGUUCAGUACACAAUCCGAGGAAUAACACAUUCACUAGUGUCUACAAGACCCCCAUCAACAUCAGCGCCAAAAAACAAGCCAAAGCAAGCGGUGAGCUUAAGUACAGGAAGGACUUAAAUAAGAUGAAAGGGACGUCACACUUCCACAGUCUGACCUCUGAGGACAGUCUGGCCCUGCAGAAUGCCCGCAAAAUUGUCAGUGAGACUUAUCAAAGUCAGUGUGCAUACUCGGAGCAGCAGACAUGGUGUUCCAGCACGGCGACCAAUCAGGACACGGUGACCAUGUCUCAGACGCAGAACAGCAUUAGUGACGUGAUGCACACAGAGGCAAAAGUACAAGGAAGCUUCCCUGUCAUGAUCACACCUGGUUACCAGGCAGCUAAGAAAGCCAAUACUUUGGCAAGCAACGUGGAGUAUAAAAAAGGACACGAGGAGAGAGUUUCAAAGUACACUGCAUUUGUAGACCCUCCAGAGGUGAUAAUGGCGAGAAAACAAGGCCAGAUUGUUAGCGAUUACACGUAUACAGAAGAGUACGAGCAGCAGAAAGGCAAAGGCAGUUUCCCCGCGCAUCUUACGCCUGGAUACCAAAUAUCAAAGAAGGCCAACGAGCAGGCCAGUGAUGUAAAGUAUCGUCAGGUAUACGAACAGGAGCUAAAGGGUAAAGCCAGCACUGAGGCUGCAGCAGCAGAAGCUCUUCAUGCCAGAGAAAAUGCAGAGAACUUCAGUCAGAUUGCUUACACGGAACAGUAUGAACAGCAACGAGGAAAAGGGAGCUUCCCUGCCAUGAUCACUCCUGGUUACUACCAGGCAAAGAAAGCUCAAGAGAAUGCAAGUGAUCUUAAGUACAGGAAGGACUUAAAUAAGAUGAAAGGGACGUCACACUUCCACAGUCUGACCUCUGAGGACAGUCUGGCCCUGCAGAAUGCCCGCAAAAUUGUCAGUGAGGUGGAGUAUAAGAAGGACUUAGAAAACACCAAAGGUCACAGCAUCAAUUUCUGUGAGACGCCACAGUUUCAAAAUGCUGCCAAGGUUGCAAAAUUCACAAGUGAUAACAAAUACAAAGAGAAGUACACCAGCAAUAUGAAGGGUCACUAUGAAGACUCAGGAAUUGAUAAGAAGACGAUGCACGCAAUGAAAGUCCGGACGCUGGCAAGUGAUAUUUCUUAUAAACAAGCUUAUGACCAGGACAAAACCGAACAAGGAGAAUAUAACUACCCAGCUACCCUCACCCCAGGCUACCAAAGUCAGCGGAAACUGGACCCACUGAAAGAUAAAAACUACAGGCAGCAUAUUGAUCAAGUGAAGUACAGUCCAGUGACAGACACGCCUGAGAUCCUUCUCGCUAAGAAAAAUGCUCAGCUUGUCAGCAAUCUAAACUACAAAGCAGAUUAUGAAAAGACGAAGCAUCACUACACGCUGUCACAGGACCUACCCGAAAUCAAACACGCCAAAGCUAGCACAGCUCUGUACAGCGACAUUAAAUAUAAAGAGGACUGGGAGAAGACCAAGUCUAAAGCUUGUGAUAUCGGCACUGAUGCUCUGACCGUCAAAGCGGCCAAGGCUUCCCGAGACCUCGCCAGUGAUAUCAAAUACAAAGAGACGUAUAUGAAGAAUAAGGAAAAGGCGGUGGGGGUCAAUGUGAGCGACUCCAAGACGAUGCACUCUCUUCAAGUGGCCAAGAUGAGCAGUGAUAUUGAGUACAAGAAGGGUUCGAAGGAGAGUCAGGCACACUACAGCCUCCCGCUGGACAUGAUCAACCUGAGCCACGCCAAGAAGGCUCAGGCUCUGGCUAGCGACCUGGAGUACCGUACGAAGCUCCACGACUACACCGUCAUGGCUGAUGACAUCAAAGUCCAGCAGGCCAAAAAGGCUUAUUCCCUGCAAAGUGAGAAUCAGUAUCGCUCAGACCUGAACUGGAUGAAAGGAGUGAGCUGGGAGACUGAAGGCUGUCUGAACAUCACCCAGGCCAAGAAGGCUGGAGAGCUGCUCAGUGAUACAAAGUACCGUCAGAAAGCAGGAAGCAUCAAGUUCACACAGGUGGCAGACGACCUCGCCACCAAACAUGCAAAGAAAAGCCAGGAGCUGCAGAGCAAUCUGGCGUACAAAGCAGACACGGAGCAGAUGAUCCAUCAGUACACCAUGACAAAGGACGAGCCGCUCUUCAGACAAGCAAGGGCUAACGCUGACCUUCUCAGUGAGAAAAUGUACAAGAGCAGCUGGGUGCAGCAGAGGGAAAAAGGCUUCGAGCUGCGUAUGGACUCUCUUUCUAUACUCACCGCCAAAGCCAAGCGAGACCUCGCUAGUGAUGUGAAAUACAAGGAGCAGUAUGAGAAAAACAAAGGCAAGGUGAUCGGCAUUAAAUCAGUCCAUGAUGAUUCUCAGAUGGCCCACUCGGCCCUGGCCACCAGAUUACAGAGUGUUCGACACUACAAGAAGGACUAUGAGAACACGAAGACUAAUUACAGUGUUUCGCUCGACAUGCUAAACAUCAGUCAUGCAAAGAAGGCCCAAGACCUGGCAACUGAGACCACCUACAGGACGUUCCUCCACGAGUACACUACACUGCCAAGUGACAUGAGCGUCGCCUGGGCGAAAAAGGUCUACGGUCUACAGAGUGAUAAACAGUACAGGUCAGAUCUGAACUGGAUGAAAGGCGUGGGCUGGGAGGCCUCCAAAUCUCUGGACGUGGAGCAGGCCAAGAAAGCUGGAGAGCUCGUCAGUGAGAAAAAGUACCGUCAGCAUGCGAGCGAUCUGAAGUUCACCAGUGUUGAAGACACUCCUGAGAUGGUCCAGGCCAAACUCAGCAACAAACUGGCCAUCGACAGGUUGUACAAGGAGAAGGGUGAAAACCUGAAGCACAACUACACACUGAGUGGAGAGCUGCCUGAGCAUGUCCAGGCUAAACUCAAUGCAAUGAACCUCAGUGAGAGUCACUACAAGGAAUCUUGGAUGAAGAUUCGCGAUGGUGGUUACAAGCUGCGUUUGGACGCCAUUCCUUUCCAGUCGGCAAAAGCUUCCACAGAAAUUCUCAGCGAUCAAAAGUACAGAGAAGAAUUUGAGAAGACAAAAGGGAAGAUGAUUGGACUGAAGGGUCUGCAGGAUGACUUGAAUAUGGCUCACUCAGUUCACGCAAGCAAACUACAGAGUGAUAUUAACUACAAACAGAAGUCGGCUAAGGAGCUCUCUAAGUUUAACGUGUCCAUGGACAUGCUGGAGGUGGCCCACGCUAAGAAAGCCCAGUCUCUAGUCAGCGAUCAGGACUACCGGCUCACCCUGCACCACUACACCUCACUGCCUGAUGACAUGAAGCUGCAGGCCGCCAAGAGAGCGUACACUCUGCAAAGCGAGAAAGUGUAUCGCUCUGACCUGAACUACCUGCGUGGUGCGGCCUGGAUCGCCACUGGAGCUCUGCAGAUUGAAGGGUCUAAGAGGGCCACAGACCUCAUCAGUGAUAAAAAGUACCGUCAGCAGCCGUCACACUUCAAGCACACCUCUGUCGCCGAUUCCCCAGAUAUUGUCCACGCCAAACUCAGUGGAAGGAUUACAAAUGAACGUUUGUACAAAGAGAAAGGGGUGAAUGAGCAACACAACUACUCGAUUACAACCGAGAGACCAGAGAUUACACAAGCAAAGAUUAACGCCGCCAACUUCAGCGAAAUCAAGUACAGAGAGUCCUGGCACACGCUGAGGGCUCAGGGCUACAAACUCACCAUGCAGGACAUCCCAUUCCAGGCCGCCAAGAGCUCCACAGGCAUCGCUAGUGAUUACAAAUACAAACACAACCACCUGCUGGAAAAGGGGAAGCACAUCGGCGUCAAAAGCAUGUUAGAAGACCCGCACCUAGUGCACUGCCUGCAGGCCGCCCGGCUGGCGAGCGACCAAGAAUACCGAAGGGAAGCACUGACGGCGAGCGGCCAGUAUCACCUCACCCCAGAUAUGAUGCACCUGGUGACGGCGAAACAUGCCCAGGCCCUGGCCAGCGAUCAGGACUACAGGAAGAGGCUGCAUGAGUACACUGCGCUGCCUGACGACGUCAAGGUCAAGUGGGCCAAAAAGGCUUACAACCUGCAGAGCGAGAAACUGUACAAAUCAGACCUCAGUUUCAUGAAAGGAGUGGCCUGGGAUGGUGUCGGUGCACCUCAGCUUGAGUCGGCCAAGAGGGCCGGGCAACUUAUAAGUGAGAAGAAAUAUCGCCAGCUGCCCAACCGUCUGAAGUUCACCUCAGUGACCGACUCGCCUGAUAUCAUUCAUGCUAAACACAGCUACCAGCAGUGCAGUGAGAGGCUGUACAAAUCUGGAAAGAACGAUGACAUGCACAAGUACACGUUACACGCAGACGACCCUGACUUUGUGAGAGCCAAGAUCAACGCACAACAGAUCAGUGAUAAAGUUUACAAGGCAUCUGGGGAGCAGGUGAAGACAUCAGGCUAUGACCUGAGGCUGGACGCUAUUCCCUUCCAAACCGCAAAGGCCUCCAGAGACAUCGCCAGUAAUUUCCGCUACAAGGAGUCUCAUCUGCGUGAGAAGGGCCAGCAGGUGGGGCUGCGCUGUGUGGAGGAUGACCCAAAGAUGGUGCACUCUCUGGCAGCCAGCAAACUCCAAAGCAACUUGGAGUACAAACGGCAGUCCAAGGAGGAGCAUUCCCGCUACAAAAUCUGUGCCGACCAGCCUGGGUUCCUGCAGGCCAAGAAGAGUCAGGCACAGGCCAGUGACCUCGCCUACCGCCACAAGCUGCACGACUACACCUGUGACCCCCAACAGCUCAACGUCAAACACGCCAAGCAGGCCUACAAGCUGCAGAGCGACGUGAAGUACAAGUCCGAUCUGAACUGGAUCAGGGGAGUGGGCUGGACCCCUCCCGGCUCCCACAAGGCCGAGCUCGCCCGCCGCGCUGCAGAGUUGGGUCUGGCUGAAGGAGUUAGCACUGAUGAAGCUAUAGCAAAGUACCAGCAGAUGAUGAUGCUGCAGCACCAGCAGAUGAUGGAAGAGCAGGAUCACACCUCCGAGCACGCGGAAGCUAGCGAGGAGAUCCAACAAGGUGUCAACAUGGACGCCAUGGAGAUCCUUCAUGUCAAGAGGAAGAAGAUGAUCCAGACUGUCCAGAAAAAGUCCACCACCACCUCAGUGAAGACCAUGGAGAAGAAGUCUACAUCCACCUCGUCCUCGUUAUCAACUGUCCACGGCAACACUGUCAAAACCUCCCUUUCUAGUAAACCCGCGGUAGAGAACGCGUAAAUCCAGAUGGGUUUUGAUUGGUUGACAACGGUUUUUAUUGAGUACUAAAGAGAGAUGAGGGUUGUACUUCAAAGGUACAAUUUGUUGUAUGUACUUUGAAAAACGUGACUCUAUAUUUGGUUCUACCCAGUUUUCUAGAAGCUUUCUGACGUUUGUGAUUGAGGCAGGUGUUAAAGGAACCGAGCAUGUCGAGGCGGGAUAGAAACUGUCGAGUCCGAGUCUAUUGAAAGGAUGGUUCAAGUAUGUGGCAAAAAAAAAAAAAAAAAAAAAAAAAUGGAAUUCAAGGAGAAAACUUUAUUAUGAAUUCUGACAUGUCAUCAAGGGCUUUAAAGGGGACUUUUCCAUCAUCCGUUCAACUACAAACAUCAAGAUUAUUAAAAAGUUAUUUCAGUUGGUUUCAGGUUUCUGAACAAAUAGCUUGUAUUUUGGUUCAGCGUACGAGAACCAAAGUGUUAAACGUGCUGUAUCAUCACUGCAGAUAGUUUUUAUUUUAUGUCCAAUAAAUGCAAGACACACUUUUUAACCAUGUGAAGAUUAAAAACCGCAUCAAGCGCUGGGUAUUGUUGAGAGGUCUGAGCGAGGCUCAGUGCCGAGUUAGAUUUGUCUGACAGGUUCAGCUUUGUGAGUUUGUAACUAAACGUCUUUUAACUCAAAGCUGGGCUGGGAGUAAAUGCUUGGUUUUACUGCUGAUUA